AUGGCGCCAUUUCCAGGGUCUGAUGCGGACUAUCUCCGGGACAAGGCGCGUAGGGAUCUGUUGAAUCUCCUGGAAGGCGUGCGCGGGAAGAAGAACCUCGUCAUUAGCCAGGACCUGGCAGGCCCGGUCGGUCUCUUUGUCAAGUUCUCCCUGCUUCAGGAGUACGGGGUAGAUCGUGUAUUUCUCCUCGAGAACGCCAAUGUGGACUCCUCGCAGCGCAAUGUGAUCUUCUUAGUCCAUGCCGAAAAGACGCGCCAGGUGCGCGUAGUGGCAGAACAGAUCCAACGCCUGCAGCGGAACGGCAAUGUGGAGCAUGAGUUCUCCAUAUUCUGGGUCCCCAGGCGAACCCUCGUAAGCAAUGCCAUCCUGGAGGAGACCGGCAUUAUCGGGGACGUGAACGUCACAGAAUUCUCCCUGUACUUUGUGCCUCUGGAGCAAGACGUCCUGUCGCUGGAGCUGGAAGACGCCUUCAGUGAUCUAUAUCUGCAUAAAGACCCGGGAUGUGUGUUCCUCGCCGCAAAAGCUCUUAUGGAUAUUCAGCAGCGACACGGUUAUUUCCCGCGGAUUAUCGGCAAGGGUGACAAUGCUCGACGACUAGCAGACCUGCUGCUACGGAUGAGAAAAGAACUGGAUGCCGAGGAAAGCUCCGGCCUCAUGGAUCCCUCCACGAGAGGAUUGCUGCCUAGUGCAGAUACCGAGAGCCUGAUCAUCAUUGACCGCGACGUGGACUUUGGCACGGCUCUCCUCACACAGCUCACCUAUGAGGGCUUAAUCGACGAGACCGUGGGCAUCAAGCAAAACCAAGCCGAUGUGGACACCUCUAUCGUCGGCUUCACGCCGACGCCGCAAGUCCAAGAAUCCUCCAAGGCUCCGCAGCAAACAUCCAAACAGGGCCAGAAACGCAAAAUCCAGCUCGAUGCCUCUGACCAACUCUUCAGCCAACUCCGCGAUGCCAACUUUGCCAUCGUCGGCGAUAUCCUGAACAAGGUCGCCCGUCGUCUGGAGACCGACUACGAAAGCCGACACACGGCGAAGUCGACGACCGAGCUACGUGAAUUCGUCAACAAACUCCCUACCUACCAACUGGAGCACCAAAGCUUGCGGGUGCACACCAACCUCGCCGAAGAAAUCAUGCGUAACACCCGCGCCGACACCUUCCGCAAGAUUCUGGAAGUCCAGCAGAACAACGCCGCCGGCGCCGACCCGACCUACCAACACGACUCCAUCGAAGAGCUCAUCGCCCGCGACGUGCCCCUCAAAACCAUCCUCCGUCUCCUCUGUCUUGAAUCCUGCAUGUCUGGUGGUCUCCGUCCGCGCGACCUGGAGAACUUCAAACGCCAGAUCGUCCAAGCCUACGGCUACCAACACAUCCUGACCUUCUCGGCGCUGGAGAAAAUGGACCUCCUCCAGCCUCGUUCCUCCGCUACGACCAUGCUUCUUCCCACCACCGGGGCCCAGACCGGCUCCAAAACCAACUACAACUACCUGCGCAAGAACCUCCGCCUCGUGGUCGAAGAGGUCAGCGAAAAGGAUCCCUCCGACGUCGCCUACGUCUACAGCGGCUUCGCCCCGCUCAGCAUCCGUCUCGUCCAGUGCGUCCUGCAGAAACCCUACAUUCUCUCCCUCAUCCGCGGCGGCUCGACCGCCCCAGCUAUCACCGGCCCCAGUCCCGCCAGCACCGCCUCCCCGGGCUGGCUUGGCUUCGAGGAUGUCGUUAAGAGCGCGCGGGGGUCCACCUUCAGCAUCGUGCAGAAGGGCGACGACAAGGCGGUACGCGCGCGCCAGACUAUUAGCGGUAACAACGCCACCAAGACCAUCUACGUCUUCUUCUUGGGCGGCAUCACCUUCACGGAGAUCGCGGCGUUGCGGUUCAUCGCUGCCCAGGAGGCGCCGAGACGGAAGAUUGUCAUUUGCACGACUAGUAUUGUCAAUGGGGAUCGCAUGAUGGAUGCAGCGAUCGAGAAGGGCGAUUUUGCUAAGAUGGAGUAG